AUGCCACCGAGACGUGGACGUGGAGAUGGACGUGGACGUGGAGAUGGACGUGGACGUGGUCCACGAGUAGGGCGCAAUGGGGAGGAACGGUCCGAGGAGAGUGUAGGAAAUCAACCCCCGCCACCACCACCACCCCCACCUCAAGAAAAAAGAUACAUCAAGACAUUUUUGAAGCAAAAUCCCCCACAGUUUGAUGGACUUGGAGAGCCACCAAAGGCAGAGGCCUGGAUACGCGCCCUCGAGCGUAUAUUCGAGUUUAUGGAGUGCACAGAUAGGGAACGUCUCGCUUGUGUGACUUUUCAAUUAACUGGGCCUGCCGAUUUUUGGUGGGAUACUAAGCGAAGAACAAUGAACCCCGCACGCCGUGAGGCCCUGACAUGGAAUGAAUUCAAGGAGGAGGUGUACAACAAGUACAUUCCCAUGAGCUACAGACGGGCAAAGAUAGUUGAGUUCCACACCCUAAAACAAGGAAGCAUGACGGUGACGGAGUACGACCGUGCUCUUUGUGAAAUGACCCGAUAUGCACCCGAGUUGGUAGACACAGAUGAGAAAAUGGCCGAAAAAUUUCGUUCUGGUCUUAGACACGAAAUAAGGGUAGCCGUGGCCAGCCGUAGAGGAGUUGCAUACUCCGAGAUUUUGAGUUGUGCUUUAGAUGUGGAAGAGGCACUGCCUAAGGAUGAGAUGGUAGCGAAUCCUACACCACCAACACCACAGCAACAACAUAACUCUCGAGACAAGAGAAAAUGGGAUGAGGAUCAGGGUCCAUAUGAAAAUAAGAGGCAACAACAUAUCCAGACUGCUCCCAAUCAGAGGGGUAAUUUCCGACCUAGGAUUCCUCCAUGCACUAUAUGCUUUAGGAACCACCGUGGAGAGUGUAGACUCAAGUUUGAUGGAUGCUACAACUGUGGAGGAAAUGGUCAUUUCUCUAGAGAUUGCCCAAGUAAGAAUGUUGGAGUAGGUGUAAGGCAAAACGACCAAGGACCACGCCCACAACUUCAAGCAAUUCAAGCCGACCCACGAGGAGACCCAGCUCCACCCCCAAACCAAUAG